UGCUUAGUUUUCAGGCUAAUGCUUAUCCAAAUAAGUGUUUUCAGGGCUUCAGCGAUCACGUUCUUGCUCUGGAUUUUUUUUUUCCUCCUUCUGUAGUCUGGCCAAGCCUCCAACCAGGAACAAGCCCUUAUUUCCUUUAGCUAUUUUAGUUUGAUUUAGGCUUAGCUGAACCUGACGAAAGUGCCGUUUCGUGGGAACGUUUGACUCCUGUUGUGCAGCGAUGGCAAAACAAAAGCAUUUCCUGAGAUGAGAUGGCGAGGGCUUGUUUGCGUGCGUCUACCUCCAGGAGACGGAGCGCAAAUGCUCCCCCCCACGCUCCCCCGUCUCCCCUGGAUUAAACAAACCUAGUUCUCUCAGUAUUUUUUUCUUGGGUCUCCGUGCUGCCAGCGCCGGUCCCCGGGGCAGAGAGGCCCAGAGCUGCCAUGACGACAGGCGACUGCUGCCACCUCCCCGGCUCCUUGUGCGACUGCCCGGGAAGCGCCGCCCUGUCCAAGUCGGUGGAGGACUCUGACAUCGGGCGCCCGCAGUACGUCACUCAGGUCACCGCGAAGGACGGCCGGCUCCUCUCGACGGUGAUCAAGGCGCUGGGCGCGCAGAGUGAUGGUCCCAUCUGUCGAAUCUGUCAUGAAGGUGGAAAUGGGGAGGGACUGCUUUCCCCGUGUGACUGCACAGGAACACUGGGCACCGUGCACAAGAGCUGCCUGGAAAAGUGGUUAUCCUCCUCCAACACAAGUUACUGUGAGCUCUGCCACACAGAAUUUGUUGUAGAGAGAAGACCAAGGCCUUUGACAGAGUGGCUGAAGGAUCCUGGUCCCCGCAAUGAGAAGAGGACCCUUUUCUGUGACAUGGUGUGUUUCCUGUUCAUUACUCCCCUGGCAGCGAUCUCAGGCUGGCUGUGUCUUCGGGGAGCCCAGGAUCAUUUGCAGUUCAACAGCCGGCUGGAGGCCAUUGGACUCAUAGCACUAACUAUAGCACUUUUUACAAUCUACGUCCUUUGGACACUGGUUUCGUUCCGCUACCACUGCCAGCUGUACUCGGAGUGGCGAAGGACCAACCAGAAAGUCCGCUUGAUGAUCCCGGCCUCGCGGAGCCCUCACCCCGUGCCCCACUCCUUGCUCUCCGCCAAGCUCAUGAAGAAGACCGCGGACGAAACCACUGUCUGAGCCGUCCCUCGGCCACUGCCUGCCGCGCCGCGAGGCUGCAUCUACGGCCGGAGCAGGGGCAGCCCUCGGGGGCUGGCAACAGAAAAGAGGUUCAGGUCUCCAUGCGUGUGCCGGCAGCGCGAUAGCUGUGGAGGCACUAGGAAACAAUCAUCCCACCCAAGGGGACUUUGCAGUUAGCACGUACUUCAUGCUACAGCAAACAGACAGAUGAUCAAAGUCUGUCGUGUGAAAUGGCCCAAAAGAGCCAGAUGGCGAAUGUGCCUGUCUGCAGGGACACUUUCCUAUAACUAAAUACCAUAUGUGGAAAAUCUCCCCCUCUAUAUAUGUAUAUCUAUAUAUAAUAUUAUUUUUUAAUGGCCAUGCAUAUUGUGUUUCAGUCCUUUUGUGUUGAUGUUCUAAGCUUCAGUAUAGAAGCUGGCAGCCUGAUCUCAUUCAGAGGUUAAAUCUAUGCCUUUUCUCCCAGUGAGCAUUUAAAGAACACUUUUCAUUGAGCAUUCUUGAAAGUCCCCUUCUCCUUUGCACUAAAUGGGUUUUGAUAAUAUUGCAGCAGCCUUUCCCAUUGCUCUUUGGUCUCUUUUGUGGUGUUUCUGUCCUUUCUAGGAAGUUGUGUGUUUUUAAUAAUUAUUAUAAUCCCAGAAGGAGUAAAAUGACAUAAUACUGAAUGGAGACAUUUUGUAUUGUAAAAUACUGUAAUUUUGAGAAUUUCAAAAGUUUCGAAUGAGAAUCUUUUACUGUGCAGAUGUGAUCUCACAAAACUUUCUUCCCAGAUCCCGCUCACCCCCAGGACGCAGAUGCACUCGGCUCUUGUAUGAACGUCCUCCUAGCAAAGGUAGAUGGAGGAUCUGUGGGUGGGAAGCGAUGGCUUGUGCUAGCUAACCUCACCAUUGCCUUUUGCUGUUACAAUGCUCGGAAAGGACCUUUUCUGACCCCAAGAGGUGAGAGUUGGAGUCUGUUUGCUGCUGUCCUUUCGCUGUCUUGAGGCUGGACCUCUCGUUCCUCAGUCACACGCGUACCUUACUAGGGCAGGCCGCACUCUGCAGUCGCUCAGCAGGACGCAGGCAGCCUCAGCUGCCUCUGCGUUUCUCUUGUACAUUCCUUGGCAAAAGCUAGAGGAGCUGCCAUGGUUUAGUUCAUCCCUGAGAUCGCUGCCUGCCUGUUUUCAGUGUCCACUAGAGAAAUGCCCCAAAUUCACUAGUUCCUGGAGGGGAACAGGCUCUGGGUCCCUUCUCCUACAGGGCCAGUGCUCCUCUUCCUCCUCCGUCCAUCUGCAUCCACCCAGCUAAGAAACCCCGCCGUCUUGGAGGGGCUGAUCUGCCAGAGCUCUUUAGCACCUGGCGUAGAGUCUCUCCCUUUUCCUGACUUUAGCUUUUGUCCCUGCCUCUCCACCGCUUCCCCGCCAUGCCAGGCGAUGCCCGCGCUCGGUGCCGUGCUUGGCAGGAGCCUCGGCUCGGACUCCCGCACCGGUGAGUGUCGACAGCAGGGAGAAGGCGGGCUCCAGCGGUGCCCCUGUCCUCGUGGUGGGCGAUGGCUGUGCACCGCGUUCCUCCGCUCCCUUUGCUGAACGCGGGUGGAUCAGUCUGGUGGCCUGUUAGAUUGGGACCUGUAGUUUCUUGAAUUCGAAGCACCACGUGCCAUUCCUGCUCCUCUCUAGCUGCAAACCUGGAUGCUUUUCCUUAGAUGUUCCCUAUUCCCUGAUUUUUGUUUUCUGCCUGACCCUACACUGGAAGCCCCUUGUGGGCAUGAGCAGCAGCGGCCAGGGUCCUGCUUCCCCAGCAGGACUGCCCCAACCCCGGGGCCUGUGUCCACUUUCCUCCUUUAUCUUACGUCCCAGGCUCAUUUGCGUGACUCGGUGAUAUCCCAGCACGUUUUGCAGCAGCCUCUGUCUUGGGCUGGCAAGUGCUGGUCCAGUUUGCUCUCCGCUCUGAGCACAAGGGUCAGGUCACAUGUUUGAUCACAGGGACAAACAUUUUCUGCCACAGCUGCUCCCCUCUCUCCACCAGGCCCCUGGAAAGGUCUGGUCUCCUCCCUUUCACCAUUUACCUGUGGGCACCUUCCUUUCUUUCCUUUCCUUCUUUUUCUGUGUAAUUUGGGAUGACUUGGCCCCCAGUGCUCCUGGAGGCUUCCAGUAAAGCGAGGCCUCUUCAGAUGCAAUCGGGGUCUCUGCACAGCAGCAACAUCCUACGAGCACUCAUUUCAAAUCAGCUUUUGCAGCGUAGCUAUUCCCGCUCCUAACAGUUCCAGCCGGCUGCUCUCCGGUCUGCAAAGGUUUGCCUGCGUGCUGGGGACACGGGUGGCCCCUCUGCUCCCCGGCUCUGCCGCCUGUGCUGCCGGAGGGGCUCAGCCCUGCUCCCAGGCCCCGCAGCUCCUCCGUGGGUGCUGCCUCCCUCCCCAGACCCCUUCUCUUGGCAGUGAGCGCUGCAUUGCCGCUCUGUGCCUGGUGCUUGGUCCCCCCUGGUUCAGCCCUUCCCCAACACCACUCAUGACGCCAGGAUAUUUCCACUGCAACAAAAAUGUUGGGGUCUAGUUUAACCUUCCCAGCCCUGGCUGCCUCCUAGGAGCUUGGUCUUCUGACGCAUCUAGUUCUGGCAGGUAUCUGAGGAUGUGCGUUCCCACACUGCCUUCCCCUAGCAAUGAGUUAAUAGAGCCAGUGUUUCCGCUGGGAAACCUGAUGUUGAUCCAAAUAUGCAACUGUGAAAGCCAGAAGUCCCUGGCUGGGGCGGAUGGGGCCUGGCCUUGUGCUGCUGCAGGCCUGGCUUUGCUCUCUGCUUCGUUGUCUUUAUCAUAGUUGCCAAUAAUCGGAGUUGUUGCAUGUGCCCCUGCAACAGCUGAUAACGACUCUUUGAGCCUUCUCCUCCUCCCCAGCGGAGAUGCUCAGCUCUGGUGGAUGUGGGAAAUCAGUGUCUCUGACCCGCCGCGUUCCAGUGUCACGAGGAAACGGGCCGUGCAAUUAUGUAAAUAAAAGUGAGACAAGCUGUG